GCCAGCCUGGCUGACAGAUUUAACACCGAGCUGUCUUGACUUCAUAUUUAACGCAUUUUAUGCAACAUAUUUCAGCGUUUCUGGCACACGUAUUUGUUGUGUAUAUAAAGAAACAGAGCUAACGUAGUCUGUUAAGGUUUAGAGUUGCCUUGGGUGGUAACUUCCUCCACAAGUUACCGUUAGCCUGCUAACAUAUGAGCGUGUUGUUGUUAGCCGUGCAACGUUAGCAAGCUAACCAGCAAACAACUCUCUGGCACCAGCAGAAACUGGUCGCUUCUAUAUGGACAUGAAGUAAUAUAAGGAAGGCAGCAGCAUUCAUGGAUAUUGUGGACACCUUUAACCAUUUAAUACCCAGUGACCAGUUGGAUGACUCCCUGAUAAUAGGCCAGAACUUGGAAUGUGAAGCCAGUAAUGAGUUUGGGCCAGGACUCGGACUGGAAGAUUCACUGAAGAACAUGCUCAGUGACAAAGAUCCCAUGUUUGGAUGUGCAAGCGCUCAAUUCAAUCUGCUGGACAAUGAGGACUCCACUUUUCCAAUUGCUAGCUCAACAGGUCUUGAUGACGGUUCAGCAUCCACAGGCCUCAGCAGUGAACUGACAGUUGCAGAGACCACAAAAGUCAAGCGGCCUAUCGGCAGGCCGAAGAAACGUCCUUGUAAUUUAGAAUUAGAAAAUAGUGGCGGUCCACAACCUGCUAACACACCCGCCAACAUCAUGACCAGAGGACGACCAGGAAGGAAACCAGCCAACAGGCUACAGAGGUCUUUUCUGAUCGAGAAAGGAGUUAAAGGCGCCCAGCUGAAGAAAGAAUUAAAUCUGGGAGGGCGUAUCAAUGUUAAUGAUCUUGAUGGUGGAUUAUGGCUAAAGCCUUCAGUUGUAUUAAGACGAUUGACUGUUACAAUUGGAGGAUUUAAGAUCGAGUUACUUCCAGGACCCUCUUACACACAAAAUAUUGAUGUAAGCUUUGAGGAUGGUUUGACAUACGGUGGGGACAUUGGAUAUGCCGUGUUGCCUGAUGAUACUGUCAACGUUCAGAAUCCCGUACCGGAGAAUGCGGCAGAGACGGAUGUAAGUGAGAAGAGCUCUGCUGAUGAUGCACCUCUUGGGCUGGGCCCGUAUGUGAAUCCUAAUGACGUGCAGACAGCCAACGGGACUGUAACGGGGAGCGCCUGCACGCAAGAGACAACACUUGACAGUCAGAGUGUGUCUGAAAAGCACAAUCCAGCCAAUAAAGAAAAAGAUGGCAUCAAACAACCACAAAACAAUGAGAACAAUGGAACUACUGUUAGUAAUGAGAUGGAUGUUAAGGAAAAGCAACAGACUGUGGACAAAAAUCUGCUUAAGUCUAAACAAGGACUGACUUCUAAUAAGAACAAGAGCUUGGUUUCAUGUAAACCAAGCAACGCGAUUAAGGGAUCUAAAGUUUCCCAAAAUAUGCCAUCCAAAGUUAUCCAAAGAGGAGAUCUGCACAAAAUUAAAUCUCUGAAGGAAAAGAAAAGCAUUGCACCUUUAAAAAGGCCUGGAGAUAACACACAAAGUGAGCCUGCUACUAAAGUGCAAAAGAUACAAGGCACAGGAGAUCUUAAAGUGAAGCCAAAGUUGCCAAGUACCCCCAGUCCCACAGGCAAGAAGAUCCCAUCAGCUGUCAACCGUGUUAAUGAUCAGCAGGGUCCAACCAAACCUGCUCAUUCUCACAACAGCGCCAAAGUUGAGACCGCUCAGCCGACACACGGCCGUCCAGGCCAUUCUUUAAAAACGCCUGAAGAAGGAGGGCAGGAAAAGGCUAAAAUGAAAAAGCCAGAAAAGAUCCUUCAAAGACAAAAAAGUAAAAACGCAAGAAGCAUCUCUGUGGACGAGCCGCAGCUGUUUAUUCCGGAUAAUGCCCCUGUUGUGAAGAGGGAAAGUGCUGAUGAGCAACCCGCUAACAGUGAGACUGUAUGGGAUGGAAACAACUGCUGUGGUCUGUGCAAGAAACACCAUAACAACAUGUUCAUGGUAGGCUGCGGUCGCUGUGACGACUGGUUCCACGGUGACUGCGUUGGCCUCGACCUGACGAAAGUACGUGAAAUGGAGGAGGAGGACCAGAUGUACGUGUGCUUGAAGUGCUGUGAGGAGGAAAGCAAGAAAGUGGAGCCCGAGGCCCAGAGCGCAGCCAAGCCAGAAAUAAAGACUGAAGUACAGGAUCAUAAGCUGCCACCCAAGCCCAAGCCCAAGCCAGGACCCCCCCAGACACUCACAUCAGGGGGGGUCAGACCAGUAAGAAAGGAAUCUGAUAGAAGGCAGUCCAUGGACCUGAAAGAAGCAGCUCAUAAAACAGGUGUUCACAUGAAACUAGAGACAAGAAGUAAGACUCCAUCUUCAGCUUCAAAGAAACCUGCAUCUGUGGAAGAAAUCAGGCGGAGUGUGCGUGAAUCUCUCAAAGAAAUCCUUAUUCAGAGGUUGAAGGAGUCUGAUUUGAAUGUCUCAGUGGAGAGGGCCUCUGAAGUUGCCAAGAAGACUGAGAGAGAGCUUUUUCACUUGUAUAAAGACACUGAAAACAAAUACAAGAACAAGUAUAGAAGCUUAAUGUUUAACCUCAAAGAUACUAAAAAUAAUGUCCUGUUUAAGAGGGUUCUCAAGGGGGAGAUAUCUCCUGCUAAUCUAAUCCGAAUGAGUCCUGAGGAACUGGCCUCAAAGGAGUUGGCUGCCUGGCGACAAAGAGAGAACCGACAUACUAUUGAAAUGAUUGAAAAAGAGCAAAGAGAGGCAGAGAGACGGCCGAUCACUAAGAUCACACACAAAGGGGAAAUUGAAAUUGAGAGCCAAGAACCAGUGAAAGCACCUGAGCCUGCAGAGCUUGAGCCUCCCCCCAAAGCGACAGAAGUCUCAGCAGAACCUCCAAAAACCCCAGAGAAGAAAGAAGAGAGUACCAAAACAGAGAAAGACACUACCAACCAACACAAAUCUCACUUAUUUGACCUACACUGCAAAAUCUGCACAGGUCGUAUGGCACCCCCUGUGGAAGAAUCACCAACCAAAGUGGUCAAAGUUGCUACUACUGUGGUUAGGAGGCAGUCCACCAAAGCAGACGAGACAAAGAGCACAAAUCCACCUGCAAUUGACGACGACCUUCACCUCACCGUUUUAGAGGAGAGCUUCCGGAGUGCUCAGUCAGGCUACGACGGAAGAUCGGAUCAUAAAGCCGGAAGAGAUGAAGAGGCUGCUUUCCUUUCCAACUUGAAGUCCCUAUGGCGAGGUUUCAUUCAUAUGCACGCUGUGGCAAAGCUUGUGACCAAAGCUUUCCCUGUAUCAGGCAUUCUGGACAACUUGACUCAGGACCUUCCAGACAGCAUUCAAGUUGGCGGGAGGAUAAGUCCACAGACAGUGUGGGACUACUUGGAGAAGAUCCGUGCAACUGGAACUAAAGAGGUGUGCCUGAUUCGCUUCGCCCCUGAGACAGAGGAAGAUGAGAUCUCUUACACUCUUCUAUAUGCCUACUUCAGCAGUCGUAGGCGUUUUGGGGUGGUGUCCAACAACUUGAAACAAGUGAAGGACAUGUAUCUCAUUCCCUUAGGUGCCACUGAAAAAGUACCACACCAGCUUGUUCCCUUUGAUGGGCCAGGUUUGGAAAACAACCGUGCCAACCUUCUCCUCGGACUGAUCAUUCGCCAGAGACCGAAAAGGGAUUUCCUUCCUGUGGAAAUAAACAAAACUGCAAGGAGUAUUCCUGAAAUCACACCAAUCACUGUUUCCACAAAAGAUACACAAGCGACGGAGGAGGAGGAUGAGAAAUUUUACCUCACUUCCUUGACAGCUGCACAUAAAAAAGAGAAGGACAAACCACUUAACACUACUGAAGAUGUCGAUGAGCCAAUUACAGAGUCUUUUGAAGAACCAUCUGCAUCAGAGGAGACCAACAGUCAGGAAGCCCAAAAACCUUUGCGCUUUCUUCCUGGUGUGUUAGUUGGUUGGGGUGGGGAAUUACCACUUCCACCAGAUGUCGGAGGAAAGCCUCCAACAACAGGAGAUGACACCCAGAAAACCCAACCAGCUCCAAAAACAGAAGCAUCCACUGGUGGGAACUCGAAAAGUACAACAGCUGCUGCACCACGAGAGCGCUUUGUCAUUAAGAAGAAAGAAGCUAAACCUGUUAAAGCUGAACCGGAGCUCUCCAUCCAGACUGAUACAUCUGCUGCUAACAAGCCAUCAGGAAAAGACGCUGCAGCGGCGCCACACAGCGCGUCCGUCUCUCUGAAAGAUAAGCCUCCAGAUGUAUCGACUGAAGCAUUCCUGGCAAGCUUGUCAACAGCUCCGAGUGGGACUGAAACUAGUAGCACUGCUGCAGCAAACAAAGGUGACUCCUGCCUUUUGUCUGAAACUGAAAAAGGAACGACUGAAGGGAAUUCUUUGUUGCAGGCAGAUUCCCAGACUGCUUCAGAUAACACAAAUAGGUCAAAACCCCCUUUAAGUGGAAUAUUGAAAAAAUCUUCUGCUUAUUCCAGUGUGAAUGAAGAUAAAACAAUGGUGCUACAAAAGGAUAAAACCAGCCACCCAGCUCCUUUGAGUCCUAAACCUGUUCCUGUGUUGAGCAGCAGCAGACAUGAUCCAGUUACACCAUUUCACCAAGGAUUUUUACAGAUUUCUCAGGCAGAGAAAAAACCUGAGCAACAAAACCAAACUAUUCGAUCAUUCCUGAGUGAGAAGGAAGAUCCUGGCAUGUCUCAAUCUGGUGCUAUGGUAACUCCGACUGUAUACCCUCCCACAGUCCAAGGACCACAAACAGUGUGUUACCCAGAAGCCUCUCAGCUCCAACAUAACUCAAUAACAGAACCAGCUCUCCCAGUAUACAACAGCGCUGCACCUUUCCCACUGCAGCAGCAACAGCCUCAGGUACCUGGCAGCUAUAAUUACCCAUCUGGUCCUCCUCCUAACACUUUCUCCACCACACAACCCCAGGAUCAGAACCAUGGUACACCGUGGGCUCAGGAUAGCGUUUCACAUGCUCUUCCUGGACCUGAGUCACAGUACCCCGAGAGUUACCCCGAACCAUCUGGCCGACCUCCCUCCCUGGCCAAAGUCAACAAGCGUCUAGAGGAGCGAUACAGUGACCCGUGGGAGAGGCCACGAAGCACAGAGGACAGAGACCAUGGGAGGCACAGCCACCACAGAGACUCCCAUCACGGGAAAAAGAGCAGACACCACGACCGGGAGAAAAAACACGACCGCAGCCACAACGACAAGUACAGAGAGAGGAGUAGGCAUCACGGACACUCAGACGACCGCUACGGUGAGAAGAGGAAAGAGAGGCACCACAGUGACGACUAUAGCAGCCGUCACAAGGACAGACACAGACAUCGACGGGACUCUGAUUAUGAGAAUGGACGGAGAAGUUCAAAAGACAGUUACUCAUAAUUAUGUUUUUUUUUUUUUUUUAAGUCCUGCUAGAGAGUGUUCGGAGCUCUAAGAAAGAGACUUUCAGCUUGUUGAUCACUUGGCUGGUUCAAACCACUUCAGCUACUUGGGUUGCUAGUGGAGUUUUUUUGUUGUUUUAUUCACCGAUCUGCAGCUUAUAUGCCAUUUCCCUCAUAGAAGUUCCAUUUUAUGUUAUUUACAGUGCAGCCAAAAUGAGCUAUCAUUUCAGUGGGAUUAUGAAGAUCAUUAUGUUCUCUUCAGACCAACUCAAUAUUGGAACAUUUUCAAUUUCAAAUUUUUAACCUUUUUAUUGUAUAUAUCGUGUUCAUAUUGAGCUGCUGCACUGACCACAGAUGAUCAGUUAAUGUUUUCAGUCUCAUGGUAACAUACAACUCAAGUGUGGAUCAUUUGGUGAAAAGUUUUAAGUUCAGACAUUUGGCAUGAAUGUAACACAUAAAACUUUUAAAGGACCAGUGUGUAGGCUUUAGUGGCAUCUAGUGGUGAGGUUGCAGAUUGCAACCAACUGAAUACCCUUUCCCCCCUCAACCCCUCCCCUUCAAAGUGUGUAGGAGAACCAACGGUGGCUGUGAAAAACGCCAAAGGCCCUCUCUAGAGCCAGUGUUUGGUUUGUCCGUUCUGGGCUACUGUAGAAACAUGGCGGUGCAACAUGGCAGGCUCAGUGGAAGAGAACCUGCUCUCUGUCGAUAAAAAGGGCUCAUUCUAAGGUAACGAAAACACAAUGAUUCUUAUUUUCAGGUGAUCAUACACUAAUUAAAACAUACUU